CUGUGAUGAAGUCGCUGUCAGAGCGGCGCUCGAGCGCGGUGGUGGGACGAGAGAAAUCAUAUAUAAGCUGUAAAUAAAUAUAUAUAUAUAUAUAUAUAUAUAUAUAAAAUAACAUUCGUCGGGAAUUACCGCUUCAGAAUAGCGUGCCGACUCAUUUCUCACGUGUUCGGAGCCUGCCAGUGUCGUCCGUCCAUGGCGGAGCAGGAUCCCCAGACGGAGAAGCCCCCUCCCGCCUCACACUUCACCAUCGGGUCUGUGUCGGAGGACAACUCCGAGGAUGAGAUUCAGUGCAAGUCAGAGCUCUCCACGGAGGACAAGGAGCGCUCGGCGUCUCCGUCCUCGGUCAGCUCGGACAGCACUUUCGAAAGCCUGGACGGGCCGCUGCACAACAUGAGACCUAGCAUGUCUGGUCUGCACCUGGUGAAGCAGGGUCGUGAUCGCAGACGUGCAGAUCUGCAAAGAGACUUUACAGUAGCCUCGCCUGCUGAGUUCGUCACCCGCUUCGGAGGAAACAAAGUCAUCGAGAAGGUCCUCAUCGCUAAUAACGGCAUCGCCGCUGUAAAGUGCAUGCGCUCCAUCCGCCGUUGGGCGUACGAGAUGUUUCGGAACGAGCGCGCCAUCCGAUUCGUCGUCAUGGUCACCCCGGAGGAUUUGAAGGCCAAUGCGGAAUAUAUCAAAAUGGCUGAUCAUUAUGUACCUGUCCCUGGAGGAACCAACAACAACAACUACGCUAACGUCGAGCUCAUUUUGGACAUUGCUAAGCGGAUUCCAGUUCAGGCUGUAUGGGCUGGGUGGGGUCACGCCUCAGAAAACCCCAAACUCCCAGAACUCCUGCACAAGAACGGCAUUGCCUUCAUGGGUCCUCCCAGUCAGGCGAUGUGGGCUUUGGGAGAUAAGAUUGCAUCAUCUAUUGUGGCACAGACAGCUGGCAUUCCAACUCUACCAUGGAGUGGAAGAGGGUUAACUGUCGAGUGGACGGAGAGCGACCAGAAGAAGCGAAUCAUCAACGUGCCCAAUGAGCUGUAUGAGCAGGGCUGCAUCCAGGACAUAGAGGCUGGUCUAAAGGCUGCAGAGAAAGUGGGCUACCCGGUGAUGAUCAAAGCAUCAGAGGGCGGAGGAGGGAAAGGUAUCCGCAAGGUCAACAGCGCCGACGACUUCCCCAACCUCUUCCGACAGGUGCAAACGGAGGUGCCCGGGUCGCCCAUCUUUGUCAUGCGGCUCGCCAAGCACGCCCGCCAUCUGGAGGUGCAGAUCCUGGCCGAUCAGUAUGGCAGCGCCAUCUCGCUGUUCGGCCGAGACUGCUCCGUUCAGCGCAGGCAUCAGAAGAUCAUCGAGGAGGCGCCGGCCACCAUCGCCACCUCAGACGUCUUUGAGAAUAUGGAGAGGUGUGCAGUGAAACUGGCAAAAAUGGUGGGUUACGUGAGCGCGGGAACAGUCGAAUACCUCUACAGUCAAGACGGCAGUUUUUACUUCUUGGAGUUGAACCCGCGCCUGCAAGUGGAACAUCCCUGCACCGAAAUGGUGGCUGAUGUGAACCUGCCUGCUGCUCAGCUUCAGAUCGCCAUGGGCAUCCCUCUGCACCGCAUUAAGGACAUCCGCAUGAUGUAUGGCGUGCAGCCGUGGGGAGACUGCCUCAUCGACUUCGAGGCGCUCUCGACCGCCCCGUCUCCACGAGGGCACGUUAUCGCGGCUCGUAUCACCAGCGAGAAUCCAGAUGAGGGUUUCAAGCCGAGCUCGGGCACGGUGCAGGAGCUGAACUUCCGCAGCAAUAAGAACGUGUGGGGUUACUUCAGCGUGGCCGCCGCCGGAGGCCUGCACGAGUUCGCCGACUCGCAGUUCGGCCACUGCUUCUCCUGGGGGGAAAACCGUGAAGAAGCCAUCUCAAACAUGGUGGUGGCUCUGAAAGAGCUCUCGAUCAGAGGAGACUUCAGGACCACGGUGGAGUAUCUGAUCAAACUGUUGGAGACCGAGUGCUUUCAGCACAACAGCAUUGACACGGGCUGGUUGGACCGCCUCAUCUCAGAGAAAAUGCAGGCCGAGCGUCCAGACACCAUUCUGGGGAUAGUGAGCGGUGCACUGCAUGUAGCAGAUGUGAGCUUCAGAAACAGCGUGUCCAACUUCCUGCAUUCUCUCGAGAGGGGUCAGGUGUUGGCAGCACACACUCUUCUGAACACGGUCGACACCGAGCUCAUCUACGAAGGCAUAAAAUACGUGCUGAAGGUCACCCGGCAGUCUCCGAACUCCUACGUGCUCAUCAUGAACAACUCGUCAGUGGAGGUGGACGUGCACCGGCUCAGCGACGGCGGCCUGCUGCUGUCCUACGAUGGGAGCAGCUACACCACCUACAUGAAGGAGGAAGUAGACCGGUAUCGCAUCACCAUUGGCAAUAAGACGUGUGUGUUUGAGAAGGAGAACGACCCGUCGCUGCUGCGCUCUCCGUCUGCUGGGAAACUCAUCCAGUAUACCGUGGAGGAUGGGGGUCAUGUGUUUGCGGGCCAGUGCUACGCUGAAAUCGAGGUGAUGAAGAUGGUGAUGACGCUGACCGCAGCAGAAUCCGGAUGUAUACACUAUGUAAAGCGAGCUGGAGCCGUGCUGGAGCCGGGCUGCGUUAUAGCCAAACUGCAGCUGGACGAUCCCAGCCGAGUGCAGCAGGCGGAGCUGCAUACAGGAGCAUUGCCCACCGUUCAGGCUGUGGCACUCCGAGGGGAAAAGCUGCACAGAGUCUUCCACAACACUCUCGACCACCUGGUGCACAUCAUGAACGGCUUCUGCCUGCCUGAGCCCUUCUUCAGUGCCAGACUGAUUGAGUGGGUGGAGCGGCUGAUGAAGACCCUCCGAGAUCCGUCAUUGCCUCUGCUGGAGCUGCAGGACAUCAUGACAAGUGUAUCGGGUCGAAUCCCCCCCGCUGUAGAGAAGUCCAUCAAGAAGGAGAUGGCGCAGUAUGCGAGUAACAUUACCUCUGUGCUCUGCCAGUUCCCCAGCCAACAGAUUGCCAACAUCCUGGACAGCCACGCCGCCACGCUGAACAGGAAGUCUGAGCGCGAGGUUUUCUUCAUGAACACGCAGAGCAUCGUGCAGCUCGUCCAGAAAUAUCGCAGCGGUAUCCGCGGCCACAUGAGGGCGGUGGUGAUGGAUUUGCUCAGGCAGUACCUCAAGGUGGAGGUGCAGUUUCAGCAUGGUCACUACGACAAGUGUGUGUUUACGUUGCGUGAAGAGAACAAAGGCGACAUGGCCAAUGUGCUUAACUACAUCUUCUCCCACGCCCAAGUCACCAAGAAGAACUCUUUGGUCACCAUGCUGAUCGAUCAGUUGUGUGGGCGGGACCCGACCCUGACCGAUGAGCUCAUGGCCAUCCUUACCGAGCUUACACAGCUAAGCAAGACCACCAACGCCAAAGUGGCUCUGCGUGCACGCCAGGUGCUCAUCGCAUCUCACCUGCCUUCAUACGAGCUGCGCCACAACCAGGUGGAGUCCAUCUUCCUCUCUGCCAUCGACAUGUACGGCCAUCAAUUCUGCAUCGAGAACCUGCAGAAGCUCAUUCUGUCCGAGACGUCCAUUUUUGACGUGCUGCCCAACUUCUUCUACCACAGUAACCAGGUGGUCCGAAUGGCCGCGCUAGAGGUGUAUGUUCGGAGAGCAUACAUCGCAUACGAGCUCAACAGCGUCCAGCACCGGCAGCUGAGGGACAACACGUGCAUCGUGGAGUUCCAGUUCAUGCUGCCCACGUCGCAUCCCAACAGAGGGAACAUCCCCACUCUAAACAGGAAACUUUCUGCACCACUACUGGACAACAAAACGAAAACUAGAACAGCAAAACGUAGAGCCAGUGAUGCUAACAUGCCCACGACUAGCUAUCACACGUCUACGGCUAGCACAGCUACGUCUAAUGAGAUUGCAGACAGAAUGUCCUUCUCAUCCAACCUGAACCACUACGGCAUGGUGCACGUAGCCAGUGUGAGCGACGUUCUGCUAGACACCUCCUUCACGCCGCCAUGCCAGCGAAUGGGAGCCAUGGUGUCCUUCCGCUCCUUCCAGGAAUUCACCAGAAACAUUAACGACGUCCUGAGCUGCUUUACGGACUCUCCGCCUACCAGCCCCUCUUUCCCUGAGGGUGGAAACCCUGUACUGUAUGGAGAGGAAGACAACAAGAGCCUCCUCGACGAACCCAUCCACAUCCUGAACGUCGCUAUAAAGACCGACAGCGACAUCGAUGAUGAAGGUUUGGCGGCGAUAUUCCGCGAGUUCACUCAGUCCAAGAAAUCGAUGCUGUUUGAGCACGGCAUCCGGCGCCUCACCUUCCUCGUAGCGCAAAAGGAUUUCAGAAAACAGAUCAACUGUGAGGUGGACCAGAGGUUCCAUAGGGAGUUCCCGAAAUUUUUCACCUUCCGGGCAAGAGACAAGUUUGAAGAAGACCGGAUCUACAGGCACCUGGAGCCGGCGUUGGCCUUCCAGCUGGAGCUGAACCGCAUGCGUAACUUCGCGCUCACCGCCAUCCCAUGCGCCAACCACAAGAUGCACCUGUACCUGGGCGCCGCCCGCGUCGAGGUGGGCACCGAGGUCACUGAUUACCGCUUCUUCGUACGCGCCAUCAUUCGCCACUCGGACUUGGUCACCAAGGAAGCAUCUUUUGAGUAUCUGCACAACGAAGCAGAGAGACUGCUUUUGGAAGCCAUGGACGAGCUGGAGGUGGCCUUCAACAACACCACCGUGCGCACCGACUGCAACCACAUCUUCCUCAACUUCGUCCCCACCGUCAUCAUGGAUCCCUCAAAGAUCGAAGAGUCUGUGCGCUCCAUGGUGAUGCGUUACGGCAGCCGCCUUUGGAAACUGCGCGUGCUCCAGGCCGAGCUGAAGAUCAACAUCCGGCUCACGCCCACGGGCAAGCAGAUCCCCAUCCGCCUGUUCCUGACCAACGAGAGCGGCUACUACCUGGACAUCAGUCUGUACAAGGAGGUCACGGACUCGCGCACGGGACAGGUGGGGCCCAAUGACCGCCAGAUCAUGUUCCAGGCGUACGGAGAUAAGCAGGGACCCCUUCAUGGCAUGCUGAUAAACACACCGUACGUCACCAAAGACCUUCUGCAGUCCAAACGCUUCCAGGCCCAGAGCCUCGGCACCACUUACGUCUACGACCUGCCUGAGAUGUUCAGACAGGCACUGAAAAAGCUGUGGCAGUCUAUGGAUGCGUUUGCUCACCUGCCCAAGUGCCCCCUGCCCCCUGAGCUCCUCACCUUCACUGAGCUGGUGCUGGACUCUCAGGGCCAGCUGGUGCAGCUGAACCGCCUGCCCGGGGGCAACGAGAUCGGCAUGGUGGCGUGGCGGAUGACACUGCGGACACCCGAGUACCCCGCGGGCCGCGACAUCAUCGUGAUCAGCAACGACAUCACUCACAAGAUCGGCUCGUUCGGGCCGCAGGAGGACGUCCUCUUCCAGCAGGCGUCGGAGAUGGCGCGCGAGAGCGGCAUCCCGCGCAUCUACAUCGCUGCCAACAGCGGCGCCCGCAUCGGCCUGGCCGAGGAGAUCAGACACAUGUUCCACGUGGCCUGGCAGGACCCGGUCGACCCCUACAAGGGAUUUAAGUACCUCUACCUCACACCUCAGGACUAUAAGAAGGUCUCGGCACUGAACUCUGUGCACUGCGAGCAUGUGGAGGACGAAGGGGAAUCGAGGUAUAAGAUCACAGACAUCAUCGGAAAAGAGGAAGGCUUGGGUGUAGAGAACCUGAGAGGCUCAGGGAUGAUCGCUGGAGAAUCUUCACUUGCUUAUGAUAAGAUCAUCACCAUGAACCUGGUGACGUGCAGGGCCAUAGGGAUCGGCGCCUACCUGGUGCGUCUCGGCCAGAGGACCAUCCAGGUGGAGAACUCUCAUAUCAUCCUGACGGGAGCUGGAGCCCUCAACAAGGUUCUCGGCCGUGAGGUUUACACGUCUAAUAACCAGCUGGGAGGCGUGCAGAUCAUGCACAACAACGGCAUCACGCACACUACGGUGUGUGACGACUUCGAGGGCGUUUACACUCUGCUGCAGUGGUUAUCUUACAUGCCGAAGAACACGUCUGUCAGUGUGCCGCUUCUGGCAGCCAAGGACCCUGUUGAUCGACCGGUGGAGUUCGUACCCACCAAAGCACCUUAUGACCCUCGAUGGAUGUUGGCAGGGCGAGCCAAUCAGAACCCUAAAGGAGCUUGGGUAAACGGUUUCUUUGACUACGGCUCGUUCAUGGAGAUCAUGCAGCCGUGGGCACAGAGUGUGGUGGUGGGCAGAGCCAGGUUAGGAGGCAUCCCAGUCGGCGUGGUAGCCGUGGAGACGAGAACAGUCGAGCUGUCCAUUCCAGCAGAUCCGGCUAAUCUGGACUCGGAAGCCAAAAUCAUCCAGCAGGCUGGUCAGGUAUGGUUCCCCGACUCGGCGUUUAAGACGGCUCAGGCUAUUAAAGACCUGAACCGCGAAGGACUUCCACUCAUGGUGUUCGCCAACUGGAGAGGCUUCUCCGGGGGCAUGAAAGACAUGUACGACCAGGUGCUGAAGUUCGGUGCGUACAUUGUGGACGGCCUGAGGGAGUACAGACAACCGGUGCUGGUCUACAUCCCACCUCAAGCCGAGCUCCGUGGAGGAUCCUGGGUAGUGAUCGACCCCACCAUCAAUCCACGCCACAUGGAGAUGUACGCAGACAAGGACAGCCGAGGUGGCGUGCUGGAGCCCGAGGGGACGGUGGAGAUCAAGUUCAGGAAAAAGGAUCUGGUCAAGACGAUGCGACGUGUCGAUCCCAUCUACAUGGGUCUGGCUGAGAGACUUGGCACGCCGGAGUUAAACGUAUCAGAGCGUAAGGAGCUGGAGGGCAAACUGAAGGAGCGAGAAGAGUUCCUGCUGCCCAUCUACCAUCAAGUAGCAGUGCAGUUUGCCGACUUGCACGACACGCCGGGACGCAUGCAGGAGAAAGCAGUCAUCACUGACGUGCUGGAGUGGCGCACAUCGAGGCAGUUCUUUUACUGGCGUCUACGGCGGCUUCUGCUGGAGGACACGGUGAAGAGGAAGAUCCAGCAGGCGAACAGCGAGCUGACCGACGGCCAGGUGCAGGCCAUGCUGCGGCGCUGGUUCGUUGAGGCAGAGGGCGCUGUGAAGGCGUAUUUAUGGGACAGCAAUGAGGACGUGGUGGACUGGUUGGAGAGGCAGCUCACUGAGGAAGAAGGAGCGCGGUCCAUCAUCGACGAGAACAUCAAGUACAUCCGCAGGGACCACAUUCUCAAACAGAUCCGCAGUCUGGUCCAGGCGAACCCUGAGGUGGCCAUGGACUCCAUCGUGCACAUGACGCAGCACAUUUCCCCCACGCAAAGGGCCGAGGUGGUGCGCAUCCUCUCCACCAUGGACGCCCCGAACUCGUCCUGAGCAACACACCGCUACACACACUUGCCCGAGAGGAGCCGACGCACCUGCACCUGCACGCCGGCUAUGAUUCUGAACUGUAAAUGUAUUGUCUCUCGGUGGUACGUUUGGAGAACGACUCCAAGUUUGUCGUAGAAUUGCACUUGAUGUAACGUGUAAAUGAAAAAAACUAGAUAAAAGCAGAGACCAAUGUGA